UCUAUCUAGAAAUUCUGACGGAAAAUAUAUAAAAUGGAAUAUUCAAAUUCUUAGGCUUUGAUCGUUCUUUCUGCAGAUCAUAUUUGGUUGUUCAAAGGAUAACUUUUUAAUACUUGGAUGGGUGCACCUAAACAGAAGUGGACUCCAGACGAAGAAGCUGCUCUUAAAGCUGGGGUCCGUAAGCAUGGACCAGGCAAAUGGCGGACGAUCCUCAAGGACCCAGAGUUUAGCGGAGUGUUGUACUCACGUUCAAAUGUAGAUCUAAAGGACAAGUGGAGGAACAUGAGUGUGAUGGCCAACGGUUGUGGUUCUAGAGAGAAAGCAAGGUUGACUCUCAAAAGAAUGAAUCAAGCCCGUAAACAGGAUGAGAGGUCUUUAUCUGUCUCCACUGAGGCUAAAAGUGACGAGGAAAUGACUGAAGCAAGGCUAGCUACUACUUCUAGUGAUUCUCCACAGAUUCGUGGGUCAAAAAGAUCUAUCAUAAGAUUGGAUAAUCUUAUAAUGGAGGCUAUAAGCAACUUGAAGGAGCCGGGUGGUUCCAACAAGACUACGAUAGCAACGUACAUAGAGGAUCAAUAUUGGGCACCUACAAACUUUAAAAGGCUACUUUCAGCGAAACUGAAGUAUUUAACUGCAACUGGGAGACUUAUCAAGAUGAAGCGAAAGUAUAGAAUAGCACCAACGCCGGUAUUAUCUGACAGAAGAAGAAUUCCUUCCGUUCCUCUCUUGGAAAGCAGGCAGAGGAUCUCCUCUAGGGUUGAUCAGGAUGAGAUAAACACACUCACUAAGGCUCAAGUAGAUUUUGAGUUAACUAAGAUGAGGAGUAUGACACCUCAAGAGGCAGCAGUAGCUGCUGCACGAGCUGUUGCAGAAGCAGAAGUAGCCAUAGCAGAAGCUGAGGAUGCUGCUAGAGAUGCUGAUGCUGCUGAAGCUGAUGCUGAAGCUGCACAAGCCUUUGCAGAAGCUGCAAUGAAAGCACUAGAAGGGAGAAGCACCCCAAGGAUGAUGAUCCAUGCUUGAUGGGAUCUUCCAAAGUUGAGGCUCGAUACUAAAGCUUUUCUGGAUUUUUUCCAGUUUGUUAUUUUUCAAAUCUUUAGCCAACUACUUGUUGGCUUGUAAAUUUGGUAAAUAGUUGUGGAAAUGUAUAAUACACUGUUUGUGAUAGUA